AUGGCGAUCUCCUGUGAGCGCGUCGUAGAGGACCUUAUUGGGACUUUUCGAGAGUCUUUAAAAGCUCACGGUUUUGAAAUUUAUCCCUUUAAGGUUGGCUGGUACAAUGCAGUGCUCUCUCCUGGCCAUCACCUCCCUUACCCAGCAGACACUCUGGCUGUGGUGGUCCUCAGCACUCCGGCCAUGUUUGAGCGCUCGUUCCUGCCCUUCUUACAGAGCCAGCGCUGCGAGGGCCUCAGGGACCCCAUAGACCAGUGCAGCGCGCACACCGUCUCAGCCUGUGUCUCACUGUGUUUUCCCGAUCAGUCUGUGGAUGUCAGUUAUGAUUAUGAGAUGCUGCCCAGCAGAAGACCCAAGUUCCUCGCACAGACCGCCGCACACAUAUCAGGAGCAGCGUAUUACUACCAGAAAUCAGACAUCCACAGUCCACCGUGGGCUGAUCAGAAGAUGUUUGGAGUCUGUAUACACCCCAGGCUGGGCGGCUGGUUUGCUAUACGAGCCCUGCUGGUCUUCCAGGAUGUGCGGGUGGGAGCGGAUCUCCAGCAGAAAGAUCCUCCAGACUGUGUGCGCUCACAGGAGGACCGGAUCGACCUGCUGGAGAGGUUUAACUUCCGCUGGCAGGACGGGAGCUACAGAGACAUUGUGCCCACAGAGGAGAGGUACUCAGACCAGCAGAGAGAGUAUUUCACCACUCCUCCAGGCCAGCGGGGGGAGCUGCUCAGACGGUGGGGCUUUCUGACGGAGACGGACACUGACAAGCAGAGCUCCACAAACAAACAGGGCUGAUUACACACUCUCAUAGCUGUUUUCCCAAAGAUGUGCUCUGCUGUGUGGAAGACACAUAUCAAAUAAAAAAGGCAAUUGAGGCUUUUUUUCUUGCA